CUGCUGUAAAGCGGAUAACUGUACAGUCAAACCUUCUCCCACCAUUCAGCCACAGCUCUGACCGAUCACAGCUGUUAUCAGUUAUUUCUUUUUCUUUAACAUUGAAAGGGACGUGUCAUUGUUACACCCAGAGGACUAUUUUUGUAUGCCUUUGAACAACUUGGGUCUAGUUUUACACAUGGCAACAUCGGUGACAUUACAGGAGUGACAACUGGACGGAUUGGAUCUCUGAAGUCCUGAACUUGGAGAGUUAUUUAUAAGAUAAUUUGAGCUGUCUGCAGUCCUCGUCUGCUGAAGCCAUGUUUUCCAAAGCCACUGCCAACUUUGUCCGUCAGAUUGACCCCGAAGGAAGCCUCAUCCACGUGUCCCGAGUAAAUGACUCACACAAGCUGGUUCCCAUGGCACUGGUUGUCAAACGCAACCGCAUCUGGUUCUGGCAGAGGCCCAAGUACCAACCGACAGAUUUCACCCUCAGCGACUUGUUGCAGGGCGACAAGGUGCUCAGUCCUGGAGUGUCUGAGACAGAAUUCCUCACCUACAAGGGGACGUUUGGAGACAAACUCUCUGGGAAGCUGGACACUGAGGCUGGCUCUGUCAGCGUCACACUGGAGGGGCGGGGCUCUUCCAAGCUCCAGUCAUGCUUUGGCAAGCUGAAGAAAGAGGAACUCGAUGUGAAGAAGCUGCUACGUGAAUCCAGCAACAGGCUGGUGGACAUGCAGCACGUGCUGGUGCAGCAGCUGGAGAAACGAGCUGAGGUGCUGGCAGUGGUGAAGGAGAGGAUCCUCACUGCCAACUCCUGCUCCGUCACCCAGACGAAAAAGGAGCAGUGCAUCUUUCAGGGGGUGCUCAGGCUAGUGGACAUGCUGGGGGGCUCUGUUAAGGUGUGUGUGAAAGACAGCAACAACAUUGAGGCGGACAGUGAUGUUUCCUUGGAGAUCCCAUGUGGGACAGUCAUUGCGUACAGCAUCCUGGAACUCGAGAUUAAAAAAAAUGGACAUUACGAUAUAUGCCUACAACCUGGCGCAAUAGGAGGAUUUGAGGCAGACUCGCAUUUAAUGUCCUGGCCAUCCCUUAAUUCCCUGAAUACGGUGGACGGCAAGUGCAACGGGGAGAAGGUUCCAGAGAAAGUACCUUUGAGUGCACUGCAAAAUGGAUCACAGGAGAUGGACCUUUCUCCUCUGGCAGAGCUCCCCAAGUCAACUCGAUAUACCUUGUUCAAGAGACUGCAAGAGACUCUGAGGGACAGAACUGCUCUGUCAUGUCUGGAGUGUGUGCUGGAGGACUUGUGUAGUGGUGAAACACUCGAUAUGGCCAAGCACAAGGAACUGACGGAGAGUCAGAGAAAAUCAGUGCCAGCCAUACUGGACCGAGCCGCCACAGACAGUCCCGCUGAGAAUAGCCAGUGUGGUAUCCCUGCACACCUAAAUGCAGCUCACCUGUUGGUCAGCGCCAUGGAAGAGUUGCCUGAUGAAACUCUGAGCCUCUUGAGUGAGAGCUGUCCUGAUUUUCUGGAGGCCUUCGACACACUGUUGUGCAGGUUAAAGGAGACCAGCGAGCCUCUCUCCAGCCAGUAUCUUCCAGUCCUGCUGCAGGACAACCAGGCCUUCCAACUGGCAGAACAGCUGCUCAGCUCCACCAAUGUGAUGCUAAGGAGAGACACCAACAGGCUGUGGACAGAGACAGAAAAUAAAGAUGGAGUUCUCCUCUUGGUCCUCUGUCUCAGCAUACAAGGAUUGUCCUUGCUGUGCAAAGGAUUAAAGUAGUAGUAGUGUCUGCAUGUGCACUUUAUUUUUCACGGAUUAUAUUCUGUCCAUUUAUUUCUUUAUUGUAAAGUUUAUUGGGACUAAGCUUACUAUAGUUUAUAGCAUAAAGUCUUUUUAGCUUUACAUAUUAUUAUUGAUUUGUUCACAUUGUUUGCUACUUGUUACACUAUUAUAGAGAUAUGUGUUAUAUUGAUAUUGAUAGUUUUUCCUACUUAUAUUUUUACUACUUAACAAACACUUCAUAUUUUUGUAUGAAAAAGGAAAUAUGUAUAUUUUAUAUGAUGAACUCUCCCACUUUGGUGCAGCUCUGACAUGUUUCAUAGUUGUGUCUCCCAAUUUUUUAAGCUUGUAAAUCAUGAAGGAGUUUGGUACCUGCAUGCACCUUACAUAAUAAUUAUUAUUGUUUUGUAUAAAUCCAGUGUUAUUAUUUUUAUUUAUUAAUUUUUAGCUCACAAUGAAAAUGUGUCCUGUUCAUCAGUAGCUUGAGAAAGUUCAGUGACUGGAUCAACUGAAAUAGUGGUUGAGAUGAACACAGUUCUGAUUUCUCUAUCCACUAGCUUUUACAAAUUUCAGUUUUUUUAAAUAACAACAAAUGGGAAAUUUGAUGCAUACCAACAAUACACAGAAUUUAUAACAAUUAUACAUUUAUGUGAUAUGCUGAAAACUGUGUUGCAUUUAUUUUAAAUGAGGCUGCAUUUUAUUGCUGCUACUGCUCCUAAUCAAAAGAUUUGCUCUGAAACUAUUUUAUUUAUCAAGAAAGCUUUAUAUAUAACAUUCCCUGAAAUAUUGGCAUUGAAUACAAAAUGUUAAAAUGCAGUAUUGAUGUUUUGAUAUGUGUAUUUGUACAUGAGCUAUGAAGUUUUAUGAAGCUGCCUUUGCCAUGGCCUUACUGCCACUUUCCUAUUUGUCAAUUAAUGUUUUAAUUUAUUGUUGUUUGGAAAACAUACAUUUUACUUUAUGCUAUAUUAAUACAAUUUGAAUAAUCUUUGCAUUUCUGUCUGUGUCAUUGCUCUAUCAAAGUGUAUAUUUUUUUUCUUACAGAAAUAACAAAUAAAGCUUUUUAUAUGCAUGAACAGUAUCUCCCAAA